AUGUGCUACUAUGGCAGCUACUAUGGAGGCCUGGGCUAUGGCUAUGGUCCUGCUUAUGGCUGUGGAUGUGGCAGCUUCCGUGGCCUAGGCUGUGGCUAUGGCAACUAUGGCUAUGGAGGCCUGGGCUAUGGUGGCUAUGGCUAUGGCUGCUGCUAUGGCUAUGGAGGCCUGGGCUGUGGUGGCUAUGGCUAUGGCUGCUGGCGCCCAUCUUGGUGUGGGAGGUAUUAUUCCCAUGGCUUCUACUGA